CCUAAGCUCCACCUUUGUUCAGAAGGGUCUUUGAGAAGUAUAAAAAUGGGUGCGGUUCCUCUCUGCUUCUGAAAACCUCUGCUGCUCCAGUCCGCGGGGCCCCCAGCCCAUCUCUCUCCAGCCACCUACCACCCCUGCCAGGCGGCCAUGGAGUUGCCACCCUUCGACAUGUGGAAGGACUACUUCAACCUGAGCCAGGUAGUGUCGGCCCUGAUCCAGAACUACGUGUGUCCCCUGUGCGGGGCCACGGGUGACCAGGCCCACACGCUCAAGUACUGCUCGCUCAACGGGGGCUAUCAGUCUCUCUACCGCCGCAGUGGGCGCAAUUCGGCCGGCCGCAAGGUCAAACGCUGAGGACCAUGAGGUGCUCAGCCCCUGUACCCCCAGCCCUCCUGAUUCAGUCCUACCAAGUCCCUGGACUCACCCCACCUCCCGUGGACUCACCCAGCCCUUUGGAAUGUCUGACCUCCAGAGCUCCAUCCCUGCUGGAUCCUGAAACAAUGGAGGCUAUGGAGAGCCAGGCCAGCCCUGCCCCUUGGACCUCUCAGCCCUAAGGGUUCUGUCCUGGAGAUAUCCGUGGAUUCUGGGUGCAGCAGGACCCUGGCCCCUUGGACUGCACAGCCCUGUGGCUCCUUCUGGGCCACGGUUCAUGGAUCUUUAGUCCUUCUGGGCCACCAGCCCUGCCCCUUUGACUUCUUAGCCCCUGGGGUUCCAUUCCUUUUGGAAUUCUUGGACCCUUGGACCUACAGGACCCCAUUGAGCUCUCCCAGUCUGCCCCUCAGAAUGUGGAGAGAGGGAACAGGCUGGCUUGGAUCUUCCAGCCCACGAACUUCAAGAUGGGAUCCUGACUUCAACCCGCCUUCUCCACCUUCUUCAGCCACUGGCAGAUCCACCGUUUCAUCGUGGACGGCACCGGAUGGGUCCUGCCCUGCCCUCAACAGCCCAUCCAUCAGGAGCUGGAGGGAGGAGGGGCCACAGCAGCGGGGCGCCAUGUCUUUGCAGGCUUAUCGGGGGUGGAGGGCUUUGGGGUGAGCCGACAGCCAAUACCCUUGACAUCCCCCUGGUUGUUCUUCCCAUGUUCAUUUCAUUCCGUUUCACUGCGCUCCUGCCCCCAACGGCAAAUCACCGUUGGGUCCUUUCCCCAGUGGAAGGCGUCUCUCUGCCACCUCCCACCCACCCGCAAGUUGUGAUAGUUUUGUAAAGUUCCUUUGUUUCCUCCUGCAACAGUAAAGUUCACGAAGCUCCCACAGGAAAAGUGGGUUUUGUGCCCGGAUGGGCAUGGCGACUGCCUAGAUUUUAUUUUAGGGGCAAAAAAGAGCCCCGAGUCAGAUUUUAAGUUGUUUGGUUUUUGGCCCAGGGCUGGACCCGGGUGUUGAGCUCUAGUGAAUAAAGAGCG